CUACUACUACUAUUACUACUAUUGAAAUUACUAACUACUACUACAACAACAAACAUAACUUCUUCUUUCUUUCUUUCUUUUUUUCCUCCUUUCUCUUUGAAUGAUGUUAUCAUUAAGUGGACAACAACAAUCUUUAACUGACUCACCAACACUAUCUCAAUGCUCUAAUAGUAUAAAAAAGGAUUCUAAAGAAAUGACUUGUCUUACUAAUCAACAACUUAUCUCUAUUGAUCAUCCCCUAUCAACCAACAAUCAUAAUAUCUCUUUAUAUGAAAAAUCAUUGGAUCUAUCAAAUUGUACUCAGGGAACUUCCGGUGAUCUUCAGGAACCACUCCCUUCCUCUUUCUCGACUCGUCUUGACGAUCAAGAGAAUAGUGCUGCUGCAUCUACUCAAAAUGUACAGCUAUUACCCUACAAUAAUAAUCCUGUUGUUGUUGUUAUCAAGUUUGCAGAGGAAAAACGAAAUAUAGAAUUCCAUGAAUUAUUUCGUAGUGUACCUGAACAUGACCGGUUAAUUGAAGAAUAUAGUUGUGCCAUGUUUAAAGAUAUUGCUAUACAAGGAAGACUUUAUAUAUCAGAAAAUCAUCUUUGUUUUAAUGCAAAGUUUUUUGGCUGGGCAACGAAUCUUGUAAUCGCUUUUAAGGAUAUUGAAUUUAUAGAGAAAAGGACAAUGGCACUCAUUGUACCAAACGGUAUUCAAAUUACUACAAACACAAAAGUAAAACAUCUAUUCGCUUCAUUUUUAAGCAGAGAUACUACCUUUGAUCAAAUAUAUCAACUAUGGGAGUCAUGUAGAGCAGCAGGAGAUAAUGAUAACAAGUUAUUCAUAGAGGAAAAGAAUGAUACAAGUCAACAACAGAUAGAUGAAGAAUAUACAAUAGAUCGAUUAACCGAGAACUCUAUUGAUCCAACUAAAGAAUACACUGUAUUUAAUACAACUUUAUCGACAAAUACAGGGCAAGAUGUAUUUCAACACUUGUUUAGUCAUCAUCCUAAUCAAGGACAGUAUCCUUUUAAUAAAGUAUUAGAUAUUGAACAAUGUGAAGAAUUGUAUAGUAGUGAAUGGGAAGAUAAAGUAAAAAAGUGUCUAUUUAAAAAGGGAGAUGAUUUAUAUGAAGUAAUUGAUAAAGAAAUAAGCAAUGAAAGAGAAGACAUGUUUUGUAUUUUAUCAACAAUAUCAAAGAAAACAGAUACUAUUUCAUUACCUCUUUUCCAUUGUAAAACAAGUAUAUUCAAGACAAACGACAAAGAUGCGAAUACUACUGUGAUUAUAUCGAUAGAUAAUCAACAAUAUGCUUCUUCUUUUGAGUCAUUUGUUUAUAAUUUAUUAGAAGAAACUAUGAUAUCCAAAGAUGAACAGCACGAUCAUGACUCUUCCAUGACUAGCGAUAAACAGGCAAAGAGCAUAAAAGAAGAAGAAGAAGAAGACGACGACGAAGAUAAAGAAAAUAAAAACGCCUUUAUGGCCAAUCACAUGAUAUCCUUUACUCAGUCAACUCUUAAAGCCCUUUCUAUUCUAUAUCAAUUCUUUCGUAUUAAAAACAAAAGAUCUCAUCUUACUCCUUAUCUUCAUGAAUUCCCUUUUAUCCCUGUAUUAUCUUAA